GGAUAUAUAGACACGACGAUCGUGUACGGAGCGGCUCCCUAUUACAACACAUGUUGAACCCAAAAAGAGAGGCAUCCGAAGGGACUAAAGAUAUUAAAACCGUCUUUCAUAUUAAAAUGCCUAACAUUAAGGUUUUUGCGGGAACUUCUCAUCCCGACUUAGGACAGAAAAUAUGUUCACGACUAGGUCUUGAACCAGCGAAAGUGGUUACCAAAAAAUUCAGCAAUGGCGAAUGUUGGUAAGUUUCGUCCUCGGGAGACAUUCAUUUCAUUGAAUUUGUUGAUGAGCAUUAAAAAAAAUAAAAAAAUUAAGCAUUGAUUGUAAUUGAUUUUGAUUGAAUUACUUGAGUAUUGAAUUUGAGUGACAAUUAGACAGCUCUAUUGGUUGAAUAUCCAAGGUCGGCGUUCAUUCUUUUUUAAAAUAUAUGUCACCAAAUUUUUAGCAUCAGGCGCAUUAGGCUCAUUAGGCAUUAUUAGGACUUACACACUUUAGAGAUACUUAGACUAGGCCCUAAGCUAAAUAUUAAAUAAUGACAACUACUAGUCUGUGUACACAGUACACAUUCGUAACAUUUAGUAAGCCUAACUAAACUAAAAGUAGGAUAAGAACCGUCAAGGUCAAUAACUUCAGUUAACUGUAUUGCUCAGACCGACCAAGAAAAGUUUUAGAAAAAUCCAAGGCUUGGCAGCCAAGUCCCAGGGUUCCCAACCAAAGGUGGUAUUUGUUACAUCACAAGAUCACCACAAAAUAUUAACUAAGAAUAACCUGCAAAAUUUUCAUGAAUUUAAUUAUAUUUUGAAUUCAUUGUGAUAGUAAUUAGUUUGAUAUGAAUAUGGUAAAAUUGUAUUUUAGCGUAAUUAAUUAAUUACUUACUCAAAUGAAAUAGUGUAGGCUCUUUUAGCUUAGUAAUGUUAAUUUAUUUAAUUUACUGUUGUUUUUUCUUUUAAGAGCAUAUUAAGUAGGUGUAUUGAUAUUCGCUCACUCAUUGUUCUGCGUAUGUCGUAAAAUGAUGCAAAAAAUUGUGACCUAGUUUUUGAAGAAGGGUUUUGUUGACAUCAUUAAAUAACCUCGGCCAUUUAAUUUGAAUAAAUAAAUAGUGUUGUUCGUCAUCAGUGUUAGUGUUGUAUUGAUCGGUUUCUGCGUACUAUAAAUUGUGUUACAAAAUGAUGCCGCUAUCACAGGCCGUUUGCCAAAAGCUGGUCGGUAAGUGUGUUAUAGCUUAAAAAAAUUGUUUGUAGAAAAUUAACAACUAAAUGACUCUAAUCGGCAAAAUUAAAUAUAGAUAAUGAGGCUUUGCUCAAGAAAUCAAAAUGCAAGCCCUAAAAAUUAGGUGACCUCACCCCCAAGCAUAUUGCUCCUUCUGUCAUUUUGUUCCCUCACUCGGAGAUGAUGGAGCAGAUAACGAUAGUUGAAAGCAUUAAUUAAUGAAUAUUUUGGAUAAUUUGCAAUCUUAAACCAUUUAAUUGGAUCAAAUAAAUUUAAAAUAAAUUACUUUUAAUUUAAAUAUAUUUAUUAUAAAUAUAUAAUUGAGAUUUACCAAUAAUUAUUGGAAAAAAAAAGGUUUUACAUUUCCUUUUUUAUUUUAAUUUUAAACUCUUAUGCCUUAUAUUUUUUUGGAAAUUUUAUUUCCAGUGUCCAGACUUGGAAAAAACAAAAGUCAGCCUAUGCCUAUAAUGACAAUAAUGUUUUUUAAAAUUUAUAAUAAAAAGUCAAAGAAACUAAUUCUAAAUAGUUAACACCAAUAAAAUAAAAGGUACUAAUAUUAGGAUUGGAUAUACUUUUUAUAGUCUUCUCCCUGGUACAGUAUUUAAUAAAAUUGUCUGGCAUUACUCAAAGACCUGCCAUUGUCUGUCGAUCAAAGAUUUUUGGCUUAAAGUUGCAGAGACAAGGAUUAUGAAGAAGAUUUUGUGGUAUUCAACAACAUGAUUCCAAGAAAAUGUGCUGUAAGUAUAUACAGAAGAUGGCAGACAGCAAAUGCCCAUUAUAUUUUUGAUCACAGGUGCUCAUAGGGAAUUUUAUUUAACUUAUAGUAUUUAAAACAAAAUGAUUUCAUGCAUCAAUUUAAAAGAAAAUGAUGUCUUUUACUUAACUUUAUAUCAUUUAAAAUGUAGGCUAAUUUACAUAUUGACAGUUUAAAUAAUAUAAUAUACCUGUUUUUUUUGUGUGUGCUAUAGUCUUUAUAAAUAAGUAAGUUUUAAUAAUUUUUCCCAUUCUUUUCAGGAUUUCAUCAAGUUUCCCUCAAAUAUACUCAUGUCAACUUCAAGCCAUUUAAAUAAUGUGUUGUUUAUUGUGUUGUAUGCUGCACUGAAAAUGUCUUCUGAAAAUCUGGUACCAUUAUCUUUUACAAGAAAAAAAGUUUAGCCAAAAUAAGGCAGAAAUUUGGAAAGUCUGUCACAAGUUUUGGCAAUCUAAUGCAAAGAUAAAUAAGGGGCUUUAAACAAAAUUCACACCCUCAAAAAAAUCAUAACUCCACUUCAAGAAAAGCUAGAAAGAUGAAAUUGAUGUUUUUAUAAAGCAGAUGAAUUUGAUGUUUUUAUAAAGCUUCUAGCAAGCACUUAAAUAUCAUAUAACAUUUAUGUCAAGAGAAGACUAUUUAAUUAAGAUUUCUGUCAAAGUACCCACUAUAAGUAUAAGAAUUUUUAAAAUUUAAACACUAUCUUUCUGGAUCUAAAAAGAUAACAAUUUUAACAACUUGUUCUGAGUUCUAAAUAAGCUCCAGCCAUUUUUUGUAAUUCUGAGACUUUUUCCGCAAUUUAAGUGUUCUUCUCCACUAAAGAAAAUGUCUAUUUUCAAGUCACAGCAAGUAAUUAACUACUAGGCCUUUGUUUGUUGGGGGUAGAAGCGCCCUAAGCUUAAUAUGUGAUGGGUAGAGCAUGAAGUGGCCUUAGCUCAAUACACAAUGAGUAGUGUGAAAUCCUUCCUUCCUCACAUAGGCAUAGACAUAAGAUUAAAUAUGUAUGAAUAUAUAGCCUACGCAGUUUUUUUAGCCUUGAAUUAUUUAAAUAAGAUUCAGUUGUUGUUUUUUUUACUAUCUAUGCCCUAUGCAGCUCCAACUUUUUUUGUGACUACAUAUAUUCUGCUGGGUGCUGUCCACGGCUAGACAGGUGUAGGUUGUAAUUGGGUGGUGAGGUCAAGCUUUUCACCAAUUGUUGUUUUUAGAUGUAUACAUUUCUAUAAUUGCUAAUUUUUAUGUGAAGCGCAGUGAGCCUAGCCCUAGGCCACCUAAUGAUAAUAUUAAUAAUAAUAUAUUCUGUUGUUUUUUUUAGAGGCCAUCCAUAAAUGAAGUCACAAUUCCCACCCCACAUACUCACAAAUGGUCACAAAUUUGUUAACACAAAAUCAUACAUCGUCACAUAUCCCCCGCCUCCUCCAUGACAUUGUUGUAUUGUCUUACAUAAUAAAUUAUAACUAUUAAAAUUAUUUUGAAUGUCUAAUGCUUGUUGACUGAUGCUUUUGUUUAUACCGGUAUAUUAAAAUGUACAUUUUAUUCAGCAAAAUAAUGGAAUUGUGUAAAAUAAUUUACUAUAGUGCAGAGGUCAAGUGAAUAGUCCUACUAACUCCAUUGUAUUUGGUGAAAAUAGCAACCAAUGAAUGAUCAUUAUUCACGUAGACCCUCUGCCUUUCUUGACCCUGUAGUCAUUUAUGGAAUAUUUAGAUUAAGUUAAGUUAUAAUCUGAAAAUGACAUAUUUUCUUCCAACUCAGGAAUUGUAGAAUUUAUUGCGCAUUGCCACAAUAACAAUGGGGCCCUCUGAAAUGAUUGAUCCUAAGGCUCAACUCUCCCCUACCCAGUGACUUCGCAAUCACUAGUAGGCCUGACCCAUUUAUAAUUUAAACUUCUUCUUUUAAGUUUAUUUAAAAAAUUUAAUAGGCCUAUUACUAAAUAAUUAUUGAAAAUGAUUGUAUUAUGAUAAUUAUUAAUACAAACGACCAUGAUAUUUUAAUCAUAUUUUAGGUAUUUUCACUCUGCGGAUUAGUUUUUUAGAUUCCCAAUCUGUGCAAUACAAGUCACAAGAUUUAUGAGACUGUGUGGUAUAAGUUGUAACAAUAACUAGGCCAACAGGUUUUGUGAGUUUUCCAGUACCGGUAUAUUAUUGCCUGCUGGCAAUAUACAAAAAGAAUCCUAUAACAUUUUUUUCUAUUCCCAAUCAUUGUUAUGAGCUGACAUAUUAAUAGUAUAGCAACUGGUAGAAAAUAAAGUGGUCAGAAGAAAAAAAAACACGAAUCAAUUUAAUAUCAGCUGACUUGUGUACAAAUUUUAAUUAGUUGUAUUCAAUAGGAUUUUUAGUAGCCACAUUUUGUAGUUCAAAGGUUAAAUUUUGUGAAUAAAUUUGAAUUUUGAUUUUAUUAAUGUUUUGGGAAUACAAGAAAAGAUUUAGAGGAACAAUGUCUUGUUUUAAAAAAACUACUUGGCAUUGAUUGUUUUGUUUUUUUUAAAUUUCUGUUGGUAAAAUCACAGUUAUAGAAAGAAGAAAAAAAUGAAUUCAUUCAUUUAAAGAGCCACUUGCAGCUGCAGGUUGAUUAUGGUUGCACUAACACAUAUUAAAAAAGUUCUGCAUAUUUGUGACUGUUCAGUGUGAACAGUUACAUGGGAUACCCUGUCCGCCUGAGAUUCUAGACAAAAAAAAUAUCAGUGGAUUCUCAACAUGGAUUCACUGCUGAACUUAGUGCCUUCAAGAAAUCCAUAAUGAGAGCAUGCCUUUAGAGAGGGUGAUGACUAGUAAAUUAUUAAAUAUGCCAUAAUGCGAUCACUGGUUCUAUAACUUUUAUUUACAAUGUUCUGGGCUCUUGCUCUUGUUGUUUUGUUCCACUACGGUAGUAUUCUCCCAAUCCAACACUCUAAAUUUAACAAUAACUCAACAUUCUGUGCAAUUGCAUGCAGUUACUCUUUAUCGACUCUCUCCAUUAUCCACAACAUUAUGGAUUCUAAUGACAAUGACAGCUUGACAAACACUGAACUCUUUCUGACGAAUGCUGAACUCUCUCUGAUAACACCGCCUAAUAUUCCUGUGGUCACACUAAAACAUCCUCACAUUGUCAUCAUGAACUGUUCAGCCUAUCACAUCUAGACCUAAGAAUACCACUCGGACCCAGACAAAGUUCACCCCAGACACUGUAUCAUCACUUGACAAUUAUGUCAAUAGGCCUAAUUUGUUAAAUUUCUGAUUGCAGCGUAGAAAUAGGAGAAUCUGUAAGAGGUGAAGAUGUAUUUAUAGUCCAGAGCGGUUGUAAGGAAGUUAAUGACAUGCUCAUGGAACUGCUUAUCAUGAUAAAUGCCUGUAAGAUUGCGUCGGCCAGCAGGGUCACAGCUGUCAUCCCGUGCUUUCCAUAUGCCAGACAAGACAAAAAAGAUAAGGUAACAACAUUGCAGAAUAUUUUUACAUUCAAAUAUUAUUUUAAUUGAAGUUAAAUUAGGCCAAUAUGGCACACACUUUUCUAUUAAUAUUACAUUAAUUUUUCUUAUGCAAAAUUUUAAUCCAAUACCAAUCAUCAUAACACUUAAUAAUUACCAAAACAAAUACACCUCUUUAAGACUGCAAAUAGGGAUUUGCUGUUGUGUGAUUUUUUUCAAAAAAAUCUUUUUUUUUUUCUUUUUCUAAAAAUCUAUCAUACUUUUUAGAGUCGUGCACCGAUUUCUGCAAAACUUGUAGCAAACAUGUUGUCAACAGCUGGGGCAGACCAUAUAAUUACCAUGGAUUUACAUGCAUCUCAGAUCCAGGUUAAUUCAGAUCUUUCAACUUAUUAAUUAGUUAUUAAGCAUAGAUAAUUAAGAAAAAUUUUAAGGCUUCUGUUAAACAGGGAUUUUCAUAAAUUUAUACUUGGCUCUGAGCCUAAGGCUUUGAAUUGAAAAUUUUCCAGCAGCAUUGAAAAUUUUCCAGCAGAGAAUAUAAUAUAAAAGUUAACAUUUCGUACUUUAGCACAGUCCCGCAUAAAAACUAAUUUUUUUUUCAUACUAUCAGGGUUUCUUUGAUAUUCCUGUGGAUAAUUUAUAUGCAGAGCCAGCAGUUCUCAAAUGGAUUAAAGAGAACAUUCCAGAUUGGCGGAACUGCACCAUUGUCUCACCUGAUGCAGGUGGCGCAAAAAGGUUAGAAUUUUAUCUUAUUGUGUACCAGAAGGAAGUAGAUUAAUCUAAAUCUUAGUUGUUUAAUGGUCAAUCUUAUAAAGUAAAAGGCCAAACUCUGAAAUAAUUAAUGUUUUUGCCUGAAACAUUUUUUGUUUAAAUCAAUUUUUAAACUCAAGCAUAGUAUAUUAAUGAUCACAUAUUGGUUGAUAGGUUUCUCAAUUCUUGUAUAGUCACACAAAAAACUUGCCUAUUUUAAUUUUUCUGUAAAAUGUAUACACAUUUAAUUAUCAAUGCUUUAAAUUCUUUUUUAAGGGUUACAGCAAUAGCUGAUAGACUAAAUGUGGAUUUUGCAUUGAUUCACAAAGAACGUAAGAAAGCAAAUGAGGUGGCAGCUAUGGUUCUUGUCGGCGAUGUCAAAGACAAAAUAGCAAUAUUAGUAGAUGACAUGGCAGACACGUGUGGAACAAUUUGCCAUGCAGCAGAAAAGUAUGAACCUAUUACAGUAAUAAUUUUACUGAAGAGUUAAAUGUAACUGAUGAGUUAAAGCACAAAUUCAAUUCAGGAAUAUUUUCUGCUACAUCUAGAUAUUGUUGACUAAUUUUUGACUGAUUUGACUUUUAUUAAUCUUACAUUAUUUAAGUUUCAUUUGAUAUUUUGUAGAUUAUUAGAAGCUGGGGCCCUCAAAGUGUACGCAGUUUGCACACAUGGCAUCUUCUCUGGUCCCGCGAUAUCUCGAAUCAAUAACUCCAUGUUUGAAGCUGUAGUUGUCACAAACACAAUACCCCAAGACCAGCGCAUGAAGGAUGCUCCCAAAAUCCAGGUAAGAGAGUUUGAAAGAUGCGAACACUUUUUUCAUUUUAUUUUCUCCUUUUAGUUUUAUUACUUGAUGAAUAUUUUCUUUGAACUCUGAGAAUGGUAUGGUCAGAUAUUUGAAACAAAGCAGAAGUCUUAGUUGAGAGUUAUGUUAUGCUGCUGGCCUCCUUUCAUUUAUACCGAAAGAUAAAUAUUGGCUUCCCAGUAAGGCUUGCUAAUAAUAAGCCACAAUGUAAAUUUAUUUGAUAGAAUCAUCCACCUAUUCUAAAUACAGGAACAUAAAAAAAGAAUCAGCCAGGCAUUUAGGGAUAAAAUUAGAUCUGUCUUUUGGGUUUUAUAAAUAAAUGAGAAAGGCAGAGGUUCUACAUACGACAAUGGUUCAUAAGUACCUAAAAUAGAAGAGAGGAUGAGAACAAUUUUUUUUUUAAAUCCAACUUUUUAGUAUCUUUCCAAAUAGGUAAACUUAAUGGAUCUUCUAAAAACAGAUUAUGUGAGCUUGGUAAAAGGGGAUGUUCUUUUAAGACCAUUUCACACUUCCUGCAUUUAAGACAUCUAAACUAGUGUUACUUCAUCAGUGUGCUCAGCUUCACUGGAAAGAAGUGUCUGUUAUUAUAGUUUUAAAAAAAAACCUGCAUGAAGUCCUAUUAGAAAACGUUAGAGCUCAUAAAUAAAUCUGGUGUCUGCAUUUGUGACUAAUCCACACUUAAUUCUGCUUGGUUAUCUUGAUUAUCAUUGUCACCCAUCUCAUCACCAUAAAGCCUGCUAUUCCAGCGGACUAGAUUUUUUUUCUAUGCGCAAGAUUUGUUGCCUUGCUGUUCUUUACGUUUUCUUGGCGCAUGUUGGAUGGCGGAUACUAGAGGUGUUUUUUAACAUAGGUGGGUAUCGUUGUGUUUUGCCCCAAUUGUAGUUUUAGUCUAGUUGAGCCUACAGAUCUUUUUUUUUCAUUUUCAGUUAGAUCAUUUUGGUAGCGUAAAUCUGUAUUACGGUAAAAACAUUAGGAAAAACAUGAUAGUUUUGUUUUUACUGAUACAUUAACGAUGUUAAGUUUGCAGUAAUUAAUUUUGUUUCACUAACCAGAAAUUUUACUCCAGACUAGGAGUCAGUGUGUUUGAUGAUGAGCAUAUACAUUUUUUAUCCUGUUAAUUUUAAUAAUUUAUAAUAAAUUUUUUUUUUUUAAAUGUAAUGUUCCUUUCAUGACCACUUUACUGUCACGAACUAAAAUCCUCUUUCUAUUUUCCUUUGGAACAAUGUACAGCAGUCAGUAGGCAGAAUUUCAUGAGAUGCUUGAUAAAAAAAUAAAAUGUUUUAAAUUAUUGCGCAAAGCACCUGCUAAACUAUAGCUUACACUCAUCCAAACUAAUUCACUACACUAUGAGCAAUGUUAAUUAUAGGUAGAAAAGGUUAAAACAUGGUGGAAAAGCACAAUUGAAAUUAAUUGAAAUUUAAAAAAAAAAGAUAAAACAGACUUGUGCUUUUAUAAAAUAAAUUUGAAAUAGAUGAUCACAUCAAUAAAAUAUAAAUGCUUUAAUCCUGUCAACUCCUGUCCCUGCCGAAUCUUUUUUAAAUUGUUUUAAUAAAAAUGACUGCCCAACUGCAAACAGAGGAAAAUAUGACUAUUUAUUUUAAGACAUUUAAAGAAAAUUGAAUGUGUGAAUGAAUGGGGUUUAGUGUGUACAAACAAUAUGUAGUGUUUAGGCAAGGACCCAGUGAAUUCGAAAAUUCUUUUUAAUUUGACAGAAAUUUUUUUUAAAAUAAUGUGCCAAAGAUUAUUUUUGCCUUUUCUUAAAAGAUGUUUUUUCUAAUAAUUAUUGGGGGAAAAAAAUCUGUUGUUUAAAUAUAAACCGGUCAACUUUGUAAGUUUUGAGUUUUCUUGUUUUUGUGAAAGAAGCUCUUUUUUAUAUGGCGCUUUAUGAAUUAAACAUCAAAACAAAUCCCUGUAAAACAUAAGUGUUUAAUAGAUAAUAUUUUCAUGAUUAUCAUGUGAGCUUAUUUUCUAUUGCAUCUCCUUAUUAAACUGUGCAUCCAAAUUUUAUUACUUAAAAAUAAUUUAAAAAAUAAAGUACUUUAAAAUAUCAGUGUUUCUGCUAGCUGAGCUUUAUAAAUUUAGGGGCAUUUAUGUGUACUUUGAGUUUUGUGAUAUAUAUAGCUUUGAAAGGAAUUAUUACCUUGAAUAAAAAUGUGGCAGUAAAAUUGUAACACCUCGCUAUGAUUCCUAAAAGCUAAUAAGUUCACGCUUUGUCCUAUUUUAUUUUAAUGCUGCAAACUCAUGUCUAGUUACUUUUCACCACUUCAAAUUUUGUUUACUCUUUGUUCUCUAUGAAACAGAUUAUCAUUUUUUCAUACAUUGGAAAAUGUAUAUUUCAAACUUGGGGUAAAAUUAAUUUUGAAUGUUGUGGUCUUUUUUUUUUCCCCCCAAAUAUAAUUGUCUCAUAUUUUUACUGUUUUAUAUAAUGACUAUGGGAUGAUGAUUGUGUGACUAGAUAUAUGAUCCUGAGAUAAAUUUUUCCUGAAUAUGAUUGAUUUUGGAAGAUUGGCUAUCCUAAAUACUAGUACUAGCCAUUUCAAUAAAAUAUAAAAAUACUAUUGAACCUCUCAUAACGAGUUUAAUUCGUUCCAGACUCUUACUCUUUAAGCGAAACACUCGUUAAACGAAACACUCGUUAAACGAAACAAUUUUUCCCAUACAAAUCAAUGUAAAAUACAAUAAUGCGUUCCAUGCUGAAAAAAUAAUUUUAAAAAAAAAAUUUAUUAACAUUUAUUCAAAUAAAAUUACUUAUGAAUUGUUAAGGAGUGUAACAACUUGGAAUACAAUUUAGAUUUGAAAUAAAAAAACGAAAAUAAAAAUAUGAAUUUAUGACAAAUAAUUAAUCCUUUUUAACUAGAAAACUGUCUAAAGACAUUUGUUUUUGCCGACGCUUCAAAAUUUGAUGAAAAUGUGUCACAGCAUUAUCGCUGAAUAAAUUUGUAGCACGAAUAGCCACCUCCUUAUUAGGGUGAUGCUUCUCAAUGUACAAUGCAACAGUUUCCCUUUGAAGCAUCCAUCUCCUUAAUUUUGUUCUUGAGAAUAGUGCAGAUCGUUGAUGUUGACCGAUUGUAUGUGCGUGCUAGAUUAGCCACGCUCACACGUUGUUCUCGCUUUUCAAUGAUUUUACGUUUCAUUUCAACAGUUAUUUUUUCUCUCUUAUGAUUGUCUUCUUGUGGUUUUUUCUUCAAAGACAUUUUAGUUCAGGUUAUCACACUUUGCAUAUAAAAAAAUUACGAAUAUUGUCUGAAUACAAAAUUUGUAAAAACUGGUGAUCACACACGAAGACAAUACACCAACAGACUGGAAGUCCUGGCUCACAAAUGAAUGUCAGGAAAAAGGGGCUUCCCCUUUCUGCGUAACUCUUUAUGCGAAAUAUCGCUGGUUAAGGGAGCAAAAUAAAAUUAGCAAAACAGACUAGGGUUAAACCUGAAAAAAUAAACGCAACAAAACAGCAAACGUGUCGGCAGAAAGCCUUCGUCAGCGAACAAAACAACAGAAAAAACGAUAUGAAAAUAAAAAUAAGAAAUAGCACUUAGCUGGUAAGUAGUAUCUGUGGGCAGCAAUAGAAGUGUGGCAGAAGGAAAAUGAGAGAGACGCCACUUUGACGCCAGAUGGGAUUAAUGUUAUGUCUCUGUUCACAGCUUGACCCUAGCUCCGCCCCUCCACGUUCUGACCUAUCACAGUGAACUUUUUUCUCCCCCUUUUUUUCGCAGCUGCAUAUUUAAACUCUCUCUCCCUCUCAUUUCUCCCCUUAAGGGAGCAACUUCUUCACAUUUUUUUUUGCUCGUUAUGCGAAUUACUCGUUAUGAGAGGUGCUUGUUAUGAGAAGUUCCACUGUACAUAGUUUAUUUAAUGAAAGACAAACUACUUGUUAUGAUUUUUUUUACUAAGAUUAUGAUGUUGAGGGUUAGAUCUCCUAAUUGUUGGGGUAGUGAGACAUGGUCAGCCUGGUGUCGUAAUGCUGAUUGGACAGUGACACAAUAUUUGUGAGCAGAAAUCAGUGUAUAAAAGGAUUGUGCAAGUUUGUUAUAGUGCAAAAAAGUAUGAAUCAGAAUGGUGCAAGUUUUUUACAGUGCAGUGCAAGAGAGUAUGACUCAGAAUGAUGCAGUGUCAGAAAAAUUCUACUACAUCUUAAAAGAGCUGCAUAAAAAUGUUGAAACUUAACCUCUAUACUAGUGGCUUAAUUUAGUUCAUUUUCCAUUGCUAUUGACCAUGUGAGGUUAUCUUAAUUUUGAUAUGGUGGAUUUGUGUAGCUUUUGAAGUCUGAAUUUGUUUGUCUGCUGUGGCAUAAUGCGAUUACAGUACUAUUUAUAUUGAAUUGUGUGAUUUCUUACAUGAUAAUUAUGUAACUAAAUAGGGUGUUUUAACAACAUGCAAGAGUGGGAUGUAGCGAAACUCUCUAACUAAUUAGCAUAAGCUUUUCAAUGUAAUUUAGAUAAACUUCCAAGGACAUAUGAUUAUUGAUCACAAAAACAUCCUGUUUAACUUAUAUUUAUCAACAUUAUGUUACCCAAGUUUACUAAUCCACUUCAAUAACUACAGCAUUUGCACUGCGGCACAUAAUCAAGUAUUUCGACAGACUGCUAGUUUAUUAUUGGCUUAUUGUAGUUGUUACUUUUCUAAUUUAAUAAUUCUCUCAAAUACUUUCUUUAUGUGAAAAAUGCUUUCGACACACUAAACAUCACUGAGAUAGAUAUAAGAUUUUGUAGAUUAAUAUUUCCUUUACUGAAUAGUGUACUUUAUUUCAAUCAUUGAAUUGGGCACUUGAUGGAUCAGAAUUUUUGUGAAUUAUAAUCAUGGUCUUCUAUAUACCUGUAUAAGCCCAUAAUAUUAGUUUAUAAUACUCUCUUGCACAGCACUAAUUAUAAUGUUAAGAUUUUUCUAAUUUUUUGUUGUAUUAUCAUUAUUUAAUUUAUCCAUUUCAGUUGAUGGAUAUUUCCAUUAUAUUGGCUGAAGCAGUGAGGAGGACACACAACGGAGAAUCAGUCUCGUAUCUGUUUGCCCAUGUGCCGAUGUGAUCUAUGUGUGUUUUGGGAGUUUGCCACAUUGCGGUUGGUAGAUGUAUCAGGAAGAGCAUUGUAUUAGCAAUUUAUAACAAAUUGCUUACUAGCCCAAUGUUGACACAUAAUUAAUUUUAGCAAAUCCUAUCAUUUGUUAUAUAGUUUUUCAUGAUCAUGGAGAGGUUUUGUUUAUUUUUUGUCAUCAUUGAUUACAUGUUAGUGACCUGUUCAUGUGCUAUUUUUCUGUUUCACAGAAUUUAGACUUUUCAAAAAUCUUGGCAAUAAUAAAGUCUUUCUUUAAUAAAUCUAAUCUGUAAACAGAAAAUUCAUUUUUUUUAAAUAGGCAAGAUAUUUUCAUAGUUAUAAUAAAUAGGUUUAUUCACCCUUUUUAAAGAUGGCUUAGUUUUGAAACAAAUUUAUUCAAGGCAGACAAACACCAGGUGAAUUACAUUUUCAAUUGUCUAUAUGUGUAUUACAUUAUGACUUGAAUGUGCUAUAUUCAUUUCUUCCACAUUGUAAAUGGACACCAGAAAUAUGUAUAGCUGUAAUAAUCUGCAAUUUAAUAAUGGUCUUGUGAGAAUAAAUAACAAAAUUUGAUAUAAAGCUUAUUUAAAAUUUACCUAAGUGCUAUUAAUAUUAGAAGCAUUCAGGAAACAGAAAUCUUCUUGUCAUAGAAGUUUAUCUAGGAAUUUUUAAAAACUUACUGUGAAUUAAAAAAUAGAGAGUGGGGAGGGGAGUGAUGUCAUAGUCUAUCCAGUUUAAACUUUGACAGACUGUUGAGAAAUGCUGGCUAACAUAAGUGAACUAUCAUAAGUGCAGCUCAAUAAAUCAUUAGUAGGGAAUCAAGAUUGUUAGACUUUGAUGUGCGUUAGUAAAUCAUUAGCAGGGAUCAAGAUUGUUAGACUUUGAAAUGCCUCAGUAAAUCAUUUGUAGGGAUCAAGAUUGUUAGACUUUGAAAUGCGUCAGUAAAUAUUUGUAGGGAUCAAGAUUGUUAGACUUUGAAAUGCGUCAGUAAAUCAUUAGCAGGGAUCAAGAUUGUUAGACUUUGAAAUGCGUCAGUAAAUCAUUAGCAGGGAUCAAGAUUGUUAGACUUUGAAAUGCCUCAGUAAAUCAUUUGUAGGGAUCAAGAUUGUUAGACUUUGAAAUGCGUCAGUAAAUCAUUAGUAGGGAUCAAGAUUGUUAGACUUUGAAAUGCGUCAGUAAAUCAUUAGCAGGGAUCAAGAUUUUUAGACUUUGAAAUGCGUUAAUAAAAUAAAUGUGUUGAAUGGUAUCUUCUCAUUUUGCUAGUCACUUGGUUUAUCAGAUAUACCAAGCAAGAUCAGAUACAAUUUGUUUGUAAAUGUUUUUUGCUAUGGAAUAUGUUAGAACUAUAUGUAUUCAAUUAAUAUGAUGAAUCAGAUAUAAUUUAUUUGAUGGUUCAAAAGUCUAAGUGUAGUGCUCAUGAUUAGACAGGUUGAGUUGUGUAAGCACAAUCAGUUUUGUUUUACAUUUUAGUGAUGGAUAAAUUCUCUAUAAAUUCAUCUAAACAAAUGUCAGCUAAAGUACACUAAUUAUAAUUAGAUCCUUAAAUGUAAGUUUUACCUUUUCCUGAAAAAUAGUUUGACUCUAUAAGAGUUUUAAAGGGAAAAUCUGUUCAUGCACUUAGAAGAUAUUGAUCACGUUUGAGAUUUCAGUUUUCAUUUAAAUUGUAUGAAAACAUUUAGCAAAUUUUAUGUAAGAAUAUUUUUCAUUGUCUUGAUAAAUGCAUUGUUUUGACAUCUAUUUAGAGUAUCUGUUCACUAGUAUUAUUAUGCUUUUUAAAAAAAAAACUUUUUAUUUUACAAAUAUACCUUUUUACAUUUUUUUUACACUUUAUGGUAAAUCCAGGGUGUGUUUGUAGUAUAUCAUCAACUGUUGGUAGUUAACAUUUUGAUUUAUCAACACAUAUCUUGUAACUUUUCAACACUAAUAUGAUUAAAAUGGACCUUCUUACCAGUAUAUGCAAUAUUUUUUAAGGAAUAUUGAUAAUAAAUGUUUAAAAAAUUCAAUUCAAUCAGCAGUAUAAUUUGGUCAUAUAAAUAACUUACUGUUCUAUUUUAGUUCCAUAGUAAACGUUUGGCUGUUAAAAUUGUUAAUAAUCACUAUUUGUAAGCAUGUUAUCUUAAUUAUUUUUUUUAUUUGCAGUUACAAUGAAAAUUGUCAAUAAAUUAUCUGUUUAAAACUAAUGCUAAAAAGUUUUUCCACACUCACACCUCAACUGGCUGCAGAACUUCCCAAGAUGUCGUUCUCUCUCAGUACCAAGUGAUGUGCAUUAAUUUUUAAAAAAUUAAAUAUUGAUCACUAUUCAAAUUUUUUCACUUUAAGCAUAAGAGUUUCCGCGUAGUUUUAAAAAAAAUGAUUUAAAGCCAACCACUAUUAAAUUAAAAAUUUUGCUUUAAAAAAAAAAAAUACAUUUUCAAAAUAAUGCAGUGAUGACUUUUUAAUGGAAUCUAAUGUUUUAAAUUACUAAUAGUAUGUAAUGUCAGAGAAUUAAAAGAAUCAUGAAAUUUAAUGACUAUUUUUUACAUUAGUCAUAAAACAAGUAAGAUUAAAUAGAAUAGUGUCAUAUAAAUGAAAUCUCCUUUUUUUCUAGUGGUAAAAUGAUUCACAUUUUGAAUGUUAUUAUUAAAUUUCUGACUAAGCCUUUAUUUUAUAAAUUCUGUAGUUAAAGAAUUGGGGAAGCACAUUAAGUGUUUAAAAGAAAGUUUCCAUUAAAAGUCAUCAAAUUAUUGUGUGUUGUUUUAGAGUGGUCAUAAUAUCUCAUGGCCGGGUGAGAAACUAUGCUUAUAUAAGUUUAAUUGGAGACAUAGAUAGACCUUUUCAAACAUACUUAUAGGAUUAAAGAUUAUAGAAAAAUAAACAUAAGAAAUCUACUUGCUCCUAAUAAGGCUUUAAUCUGCUCGCAUGCUUUCUAAAAUAAAGAAAUUUUUUGGAAACUUCAUUGGAUCCAUUAACCUGGUGAGCUCACUGUAAAUUUUGUAAAUAGCUGAUCAUUAACUAACCAUUAUCUUUUUCUUCUUUUUCACAGUGCAUUUAAAUCUUCAAGCAUCAAGCUCAUUUCAUUUGUCCUUAAGUCUAAUAUUAUUUAAUAAUUGAAAUAAUUCAGUUUUGAAAAUAUUGUUUUUUUAGAACCCAUUUCUUCCAUUAGUAUUUAUCUUCAUUUUAGCCAUUCUGCUGACAAGUUUUAUUUUGGUGUCCUUUGUUGAACUGAUGUACCGUAUAAUAAAAGGUGUACAACAUUUCUGUGUUUAUGAUGAGAUUCUAGCUUUUCUCUGUUAGUGUUUUUCUCCUUCCUUUAUUGUGUCAUGUAUCCAGUGUUGGUUGAAUGUUAAAGUGAAAAUGGAACCAGUCAAUAUUCAUUUAGUCAGCCAUUUAAACAAAAACAGUGAAAUGCACAAUGUUCAUUUGUCAGUAAAUCAAUUUGAUCUGUUCAUUUAUAAUAAUGACUUCAUUCAUAUAUUAUUUCCCAACCCGGUAUAUUUCCUUAAAGUCUCCCAGCUCAUUCUUUUCACUGUUUCGCACACCCUGGUUAUGAGUUUUAUUUUCUUUUGUUAUUUUAUCCUUUACAAAAUGUUAACCCCAGUCCUCAUUUCAUUGAAAUAACUUUUGUUCCGUUAUAUAACACCUAGAAUUAAAAUGGAAAAAAAAUGAUAAUAAAAUGCAGGAAAAAAACAAUCUGCGUCCUUUUAUUUUUAUUCUUUGAUUUUUGUCUGUUGAGCAUCAGUCAUGAAAUUUAAACAAUAAGACUUCAAAUGUUUUGUUUUUUUCAAUAGUCUUUAUCAAAAUGACAAGAAAUGUAACCAACAAACAAAAGCAUUCAAAUUGUGUUCCUUUAGAAGGCUUUCAAUAAAUAUCCAUUUUGAGUUAUUUAUAUUUUGAACCAAAAAAUUACUUCCUAUUUGCUUUGUCUCAAUUUUCCAUGAAACAAAUAUCUAACAUUUAAAAGGUUAUGUUACUUUUGAAAUUAAGAACUUUACAGAAGUCCUUUAAGUGUCCUUUGCUGAAAUAUUAGUGAAAUAAAGAAUUAUGCUGAAAUAUUAGUGAUCACUAAUUUAAUCAAGUACAAUCAGUAAAGUUUUGAUGUGAUGAUUUUCUAGAAUACUAGAAUAUUGGCCUGCAGACAUAGUUUUGUCAUUACGUGUUUUCUUUUCCAUUUCCUUCUUUCAGUGCCAAGAUAUCUCAAUUAUUUUAGCGGAAGCCAUCAGGCGCACACACAAUGGAGAGUCUGUCUCAUACUUGUUCAGCAAUGUCCCGAUGUAGCACAACCAACAAGAACCCAUUGACCUAAUGCAUAGACACUAACUUCUGUACACAAUCAUAGAUUUCAUAUUUUUCUUGUUCAUGUCAUUGUUUUGUGUGUGAAUCUCUUUGUGUGUCAGCAUUCUUAACUUUACAGUAGCCAGCAUUUGUGCUUGAAAAUAUUAUUCCGGCAGUUUUAACAAAAAAUUUUCAUUGUUACUGUAACAAAAUGAAUGUCUCUUUUUGUUUCUCUCUCUA